CAGUCUCCACAUCACUGCGUGUCUGCGUCGCCAUCGCCGCCUCGCUGCGACUGCAUUUCAAAUUUUUCGGGGACUCAUCCCCAUUCCCACCUCCUCCUCCCCCACCAAGCUCGCUUCCGAUUCGCUUCCAUGGCGGCCUCCGACCACGCACGCGCAUAGAGGGUGCGCAGGCUGCCCCCGAGGCCUGCCGGGCCGCAGCGCCCGCCGCUCGUUGGGAACCCUAGCGCGCCGCCCAUCUGCACCUCCGGCGAGAUGCCUGUGGGCCCCGCCGCAGCCGACGCCGCUGACGAUGGAGAGGAGGGAUAAUUUCCUUCAGCCCCCUGCCGCCGCCGCCGCCCCAGCCGCCGGCGGCGGAAAGGGCCUCCCGGUCCCCGCCACAGGGGACGCGACGAACCUGACCUCGUCGUCGAGCUCCACCUCCUCCCUCACGCUGUCCCCUCCGGACUUCCUGCGUCAGGUUCAGGCCGCGCUGAAGCGGCAUAGGCCUACCGGUUCGAUGCAGUCCAAUCAACCACGAGCAACCCGAGUCCUGGUGUCCCGAGGUGAGGGCUCAACGAAAGCUGUUGCCAACCCUUCUGUGGCACAAAAUCCGGAAGGCAAGGUUAUGCAGCAGAGGAGAGGCCUGCUGGGGGCUUCCAGGUUGCGAAAUGCAGCUCCUGAUCAGAACAAAGCUGUUGUCUCAAGUCAAGACGAAUUGUUGUUGACUACGCCUUUGACAUUGGGAACUAUCACUGAUACCCAUGAUCAGAAUGGUGGUCAGAACCACCAGCCGAAAAGUGACACUGAUCUCUUGGUGGAUAGGAAGAAAUCGUCAAUGGAAGUUUCUUCCUCCCAGAUGGCAUCCGCAAAUGCAUUGGUAGGGGAAGAUUUCAAAAAAGACCUAUUCUAUUUGACUAGCGAUCCGCAGUUAACUUCUCAGAGUGAUAAUGUAGGUGUAACUGCUGGUAGUAGAAUGGACAGUAUGUUGUCUUAUCUUCAUUCUGUUUCAUUGACAGCAGGAGAUAAUUUUCCUGUCGCUCAAGUAGCAGAUGAUCAAGGCAAGAACCACAAGGAGAUUGGGAUUGCUAGUGCAGCAGUUGAGAUGGAUAUCAAGUAUGAUGCAGCUAACUUGUCCCGAAGAAUUGAUGAGGCUUGUGAUCAGAAUCAUGGAGAGCCAAUGACUCGUUGCUCUGCCAUGGGUUCAUCAGUGACUGCUGUAUCUUUAUAUUCAGGGCCUACUAUUCAAAGUAAAAGUGCUGCUCAGAUUGAUCAAUAUGCUUCACCAGCUCAGAUGCCACAAUGUGGCAGAGAAUCAUCUGGUGUAUCAGGUCAUGGCUCUCAAAAACUGCAUGGAGUGGCAAUGAAUCAUGCUGAUUGCAAUACCAACAAACAGCAGGUUGAUACCAAUGGUGGGAUGGACAAACCUGUUUCUAGUAGUGCAGUUUGUUUGCCAUCCCAAGGGUUAUCUGGGAAUGAUCAAUCUUUGUCUGCCAAGGAUGAUGGUGCUCCUAGACGAAGCAAGGUUGAAAAGGAGUGUCGCAAAAAGAAUUAUGAUCCGGAUGUAUUCUUUAAAGUGAAUGGAAAACUUUAUCAGAAGCUAGGUAAAAUAGGGUCUGGAGGCAGCAGUGAAGUUCACAAAGUUAUAUCAGCCGAGUGUACAAUAUAUGCCCUGAAAAAAAUAAAACUUAAAGGUCGGGACUACCCUACUGCCUAUGGCUUUUGCCAAGAAAUUGAGUACCUAAACAAGUUGAAAGGAAAGAGUAAUAUCAUACAGUUGAUUGAUUAUGAGGUCACUGAUAAAAGUUUGCUUCAAGAUGAUUCGCUGUCACCCAGAGAUGGGAGAAUUAAGGAUGAUCACUACAUUUAUAUGGUCCUUGAGUAUGGUGAAAUUGAUUUAGCUAAUAUGGUUGCUCAGGAGUGGAAGAAGAGGAACACCUCAAAUAUGAAAAUAGAUGAAAAUUGGCUACGUUUUUAUUGGCAGCAAAUGCUUAAAGCUGUCAAUACAAUACAUGAGGAACGGAUAGUGCACUCCGAUUUGAAGCCUGCAAAUUUUUUGCUUGUGAGGGGUGCACUGAAACUUAUUGACUUUGGCAUUGCUAAAGCAAUAAUGAAUGAUACCACAAACAUUCAACGUGAUUCUCAGAUUGGAACACUGAACUAUAUGUCACCUGAAGCAUUCAUGUGCAAUGAGCAGGACUCGGGUGGUAAUGUUAUCAAGUGUGGACGUCCAUCUGAUAUUUGGUCUCUUGGUUGUAUUCUUUACCAGAUGGUGUAUGGUAAGACACCAUUUGCUGAUUACAAGAAUUUCUGGGCCAAGUUUAAAGUUGUUACUGAUAAGAACCACAAGAUCAAGUAUGAACCGGUAGAUAAUCCAUGGCUUAUUGAUUUAAUGCAACGAUGCCUUGCAUGGGACCGAAAUGAUCGAUGGAGAAUACCUCAAUUGCUUGAGCACCCGUUCCUUGUUCCUUUGGUUCCAAGGGAUUUACCUUCAAUUGACCAAGACCCGUGUAGGUUGCUGAUGGAGAGGGUUAGAGUUCACUGGGCCAAUCCCAAGCUUCAUAGUUUUAUUGCAGAGCUCGAGAAGGAUCAAUGCCGUCCAGCCACUCAAAUGUAAGAGAGCUUUACAUUGAUAGAAUGUGGAUAUGCGAUGCGUAUGUCCAGUUAUGCUAGAAGCAUCUUACUGAUACACAACAAGGGGACAAGCUGACUAUAGCUAACGUUAUAGCUUAUCUGAUUAUUGAAAUUGCCUACUAUAUUCAUAUAUAUUUGGUUAUUAGGAAGCUUGCUACUGUGUGCCGUCAGAAGGUGGGACAUCUUUUUAUCACGCAAGAUUUUCCUCAGAUGAUGUAUUCCUGUUACUGCUUGAACUAGGAGGUAGGCAGAACCUUAAGUAGCACAAGUGAUUUAGUAUCUGUAUCGCUUGGUUCCUUUGAAUUUAUUGUUGUAAUCUGUAAAUAGUACUUGCAUGAGUAGGAAACUGGGAGCAUUUUUUUGUGGUGCCCUUGGCAUUGUACGCUCCAUAUUUGCGUGAGUAGGAAACUUGGAAGUUGAUGCAAUUGUUUGUCAGAAUCGGUGUAUGUUCAACAGGGCAGAAGCUUUGCCGGCCAUACUUGACUCUAUUGGUGCUUA